UGCAGAAGUAAACAGGGGCUGUAGCCAUCUAUUUGAUUAAAAAGGGUAAUUUUACUGCUUGCAAUAUGUCUAAAGAAGAAGUCUUGCAGAGAGGAAACUGGAAAUCCUGGUGGGAGUUUUUAUUUUCUUCUGUCGGUUGUUUAGUUGGACUUGGUAACAUAUGGAGAUUUCCUUAUAUUUGUUUCAAGAACGGAGGAGGAGCUUUCCUGAUUCCAUACUUCAUAUUCAUGUUCCUGUGUGCAAUGCCAAUGAUGUUCUUGGAGAUGACUUUUUCACAAUAUUCUAAUCUGGGACCUGGAAGGGUAUGGAUUUGUUGUCCGCUAUUGAAAGGAAUAGGUCAUGGAAUGGUCGUAUUGACGGGGAUUGUUAGUACUUACUACAACGUCAUCUUGGCCUGGGCCCUGUAUUAUUUUGGAAUGUCUUUCUUCCCCAAACUUCCAUGGACAAGUUGUGAUAAUGACUGGAAUACUGAGUUCUGUGAGCUACGUGGGAUGAAUUCGAGUUUGCCAAAUUACACACUUUUUACUAAAGAUGACAAUGUUAACAUCACACUUCCUUCAUCUGCAGAGGAAUUCUGGACGGGAAAUGUCCUUGAUAUCUCUGAUGGCAUUGGGAACCCAGGGACUGUCCGCUGGCAACUUCUGUUAUGUCUGCUGGCCGCUUGGUUAGCUGUUUUCUUGUGUUUAUUCAAAGGAAUAAAGACUUCAGGAAAGGUUGUAUACGUGGCUGCCACGGUACCGUACCUAUUCCUGUUGAUUCUGUUUAUAAGAGGGUUGACAUUUAAUAUUGAUGGAGCAGCAAAAGGUCUAGAAGUGUUUCUGAUUCCACGCUGGGAAGAUCUACUUAGAUUCAAUGUGUGGUGUGAUGCUGCAGUGCAGAUGUUUUACUCCGCUGGACUGGGAUGGGGAGGCAUUGCUACCCUGGCAAGCUAUAAUUCUUUUAAUAACAACGUCUUCAGAGACGCCAUGAUUCUCCCUGUUGUUGACGUAGUGACAAGCGUCUUUGCCGGAUGUGUGGUUUUCGUCACGCUGGGUUUCAUGGCGGAGGAAGCCGGUGUUUCUAUCGAUAAAGUUGUUAAAAGCGGACCCGGAAUAGCCUUCAUUGUGUACCCUGAGGCUGUCUCCAAGCUCCCUCUUCCUCAGUUGUGGGCAGUUCUUUUCUUUAUCAUGCUUUUCACAGUCGGACUUGAUAGUCAGAUGGUGCACAUUCAAACUUUGACAGGUGCUUUACAUGACAAUUUCCCUAAAGCUUUAAACAAAUGGAAGACUUCAUUAACAGGCAUACUCUGUUUUAUUGGGUUCUUGCUUGGGAUCCCAUGUAUAACGCAGGGUGGUAUCUAUGUCCUAACCCUCAUUGACUGGUACUGUGCCAGUGUGUCUGUAAUGUUGUUGACACUUCUAGAAGUGACGUCAUUGGCCUGGCUCUAUGGUGUGGAAAGAAUUUACAAAGAUUUGGAAAUGAUGAUCGGGUAUAAACCAACGCCUUUAUGGAAGAUUAUGUGGCUAUUUGUAACUCCAUUGGUGAUAUUGAUUAUCUGGAUUGUCAGCUUAAUUCGUUAUUCGCCAGUAGAGUACGGUGAUUAUAAGUACCCAUCAUACGCCGUGGGAAUAGGGUGGGUGAUAGCUAUCUUAUCGUUAGUGUCAAUACCGGUAGGAAUGGUAACAACACUCUUAAACACGGGGGACAACUCUACACCUCUUCUGCAAAGAUUAAGACUUUCAUUACAACCUACAAAGGACUGGAAACCGGCGAUACAGACUCUUCCUGGUGAUGUCGAGAUGAGAAAAAUGCUUGUUUAAAAUUAUAUUUUAAUACAAAUACAUGUACAGCUGUAUUUGUUUUAGCAUUUUGCAAUUAAUGAGC